AUGGCUGAAAACCCGAAUGAAGAAAAAGAAACGGUCCGAGUGACCUCCUGUUGUUGGUUAAGCAAGAGAAAGAUAAGCAGCCUAAAUAAGAACAGGCAUAAUGGAAAGGAGAUUUCCGAUGUGGGGAUCCAAAUCAAAGUUCCCAACUUUAACAUAUGUUUGACCUCCCUAAGUUUGCCAAUUAUAAAGUUAAAAAAUGAUUUGGACCGCAUUAGCGAGAAUAAGCAGAUAACACGGAUGAGGGAGAACAGGGGGGUUCAGAAGGGGCGCGCAAGCACUUCCCUUAACAAGACAGGAGAUGCACCUGACGGUACCUAUAGAGCAUGCCAAAAAUUCCCUACAAAUGAUGAUGAAGUAUCCUCCAUGCUACUUCGGAGCAAAGCCUUCAACGAGACUUGGAGGGUCAUGAACAGCUACAUGAAUUGCUUUGUUUACAACACUGUUAACGAAAUGGUCGAUAAGGAGAUAAACUUUCUCAACAAAAAUUUGUGCCUACGGGAUGACAAGGUGUCCCUCCUUAUCGUGAAGACGCAAACUUGCCCCUUUGUGAAUUUGUUGCAAUAUCGGGCACUAUCUCAGAAGCUAAAGGAGGUGAAUGGAUGCGCAGAAGGGGUGGUGACCGCUCAUGUGGCAGAUGAAGGGGUGGUGGACGAUCAUGUGGGAGAUGAAGGAGGUACCUGCCCGCAAGACAACACAAACACGUUCACAUACAAAAGUUUUGACAAUCGCGUACUGACUUACACACUACUUCGGAAGCGGAGAAACAUCGCAUCAUGCAUCGUAAACGUUUACGCGCACGACAAUGUGGAAAGCAUUCUCAUAAGAAUUAUAAGAAAAAUAUACCGUAAGUGUUUCAUGAAAAUAGACAAGAAAAAUAUGAACGAAUUAUUUCAAAAAAUGAUGAAAAAAAACAAAAGAAAAGUACUCAUUAUAUUUUUAAAAAAUUAUAUUAAAUUGAAGUCUUCCGUUUUUAGUGGCCUUCUCCUUUAUCUCCUACAUUUGAAGGAAAUUAAUUCAAUAAAUAUAAGUGUUAUAAUUACCAAUAGUUGUGUCCUGUCCGCAUUAAGCAACUUGGAUUAUUCUGUGAAAAAAAAUGUGCACGUAAAUAUAUGCAAUUUGUACUUAAAUUAUUAUCACUUAAUUGAGAAUAUAAUGUUCCAUCCAUUUUUCAACAAUGUCUUAUUUAAAUUAAAAGAAUAUAAUACAUUUAUUGAUCGUCUUUUUUUUUUAAAUCAUAAUUUGAGUUUUCUGCAAGUAAAAUAUUUUUUCUAUAUGUUCCUACGAGAUUUUUUUGACAAGAAAAUUUUGUCUUUUCUUAAUUUGCCUCUGAUUUAUUUUUGCAAACUUCGCAAAGAGGGGAAGUGCGUAGAGAUAGAGGAUCCUUGUCCAGAGGGCGGAGAGAAGUACACCAAAAAGUUUAGCACCUUCAAGGGAGAGAUAUCCAAUUAUUUGGAUCAACUUCACGUGGAAGACCUUCGGCAGAAAUUUGUGUUGCUUCUGUAUGCGAGCAAUUUUCAUGAGGCGCACAUUCAACAUUUGAAGUCCAAGGGGAGGCACCAUACGCUCUACCUUAUGAGUGAGCUGUCUACAGAAGGGAAAAUCAGCCAUACUGCGGGAGUUAACACCAUCUGGGAAGAUCUGGAAGGUGGGAAGAAGAACCUAUCAACUGAGAAAAAUGGUACACCUCCCAUGGAGGAAGGGCAACACCAUGUAAAAACCACCACCGAGAAGGGGAAAAACAAAAGGGCGCUACUCACGGGGGGCGAGGAUAACCAUAUUGCAAAUAAAACACAUCCGAUAAGCAGAGAAUUUCCCAAAAAGAGGAAAAUAAAAAAUGACUUGUUCUACAACUGCAUACGAUAUCUCAAUUUUGCAAAAAGUGAACGAGCAAAGAAUCACCAAAGAGAGGAAACCAAUGGGGGGGAAGAUACCAUGCGAAACAAUAGUGAAAGGGAAGGUACGGUGCAGAAUGAUGUCUCCUCUUGGACCCCAAAAGGAAAAAGUGAUUUUCCAAAUGAAGGGGUUGGUGAAAGCACCUAUCCAGGGGAUCCAAAAGACGAGAUAAAUUGUAUGCAUGAAAUAAUCCAACUGAUGAAGAGGGAUUCGAUAAAGAGAACACUAAAAUCGAGUGAUCAUUUCCGAAGCUGUUAUCUCCAAAAUUAUGUUUCGCAUAAUAACUUGGGGGAUUGCCUCUCUCCCAUGAACAGAAUAGUGAACAAAGAUUUCGUGGACGACUGUAAUUGCAUAAAAGUGUAUAUCAUAAAUAAUCUGACGGAGCAUAUGAAAGUGGAGCACAACUUCGACAGCCUUGAGGUGCUCAAAAGGGAAUGGACAAAUAAUGAGUACUGGAAAAUACUGCAGUACGAAAAUGUGUUGGCAAAAAUGGAAAAAAAAAUUCAGAAUGGUAAAGGAAGUAAAAAAAAAUCUCCACUGGGGAAAGGCGCAAUUAAAAGGAAUAGCAAAGAAGGCAACGUGGAGGGAAACGAAAAUGGAGGAGAAAUUCACCCGAAAGUGGCCCUUCUGUAUCUGCAGAAAUGCCUUGCAAAAUCUAUCAGCAAAAGAAUGAUCACACUAUUGUAUAAAAAAAAAAAAUACAACAUAUGUCUUUCCAUUAUCAACACGAUUUUAAAAAACAUCCCCGCGUACUCCUCCAUGAGAAAAAGAGUUCACAUUUUGAAGGAGUUAUUUAAAAAGUACGAAAAGAAAUUUUUCAUUUACAAUGCUAAGGAUCUCACCAAGGCAAAUGAAGAAAUUGAAAAAGAAUUUAAACAAAUCGUAAAUACAAUUUGUGAUCUUUUAUUAAAUCUGUACAUGGGAAAAAUAAAUUUGUUAAAAAAAAUACUCAGUGAUAUUUCAUCCUUUUUGGAAAGUGUCCACUAUAUUAUUAAAUUGGAAAAAUACAUAGCUGAAAAGGAAUUUUCAGAUUUGAAUUUGGAAACGUUUGUAAAAAAACUGAACGUUUUAAUUGUCUUCUUAGAUUUCUUUAUCAAUUUGAAAAAAAAAAAAUGGCAAGAUAAAAAUUCUGCGCACGAGCACCAGAGGGGCAAUUCCAACCCAGACAGGGGGCUACCAUUUGGGAAAUAUAAUUCUUGCUCACCCAUAAUUACGCAUGAUGGAGAAUUGAAUAAAAUGGGAACCCCCUUGAGGUGUGACGGGGCGUAUGGAAUGGGAGAGAAAGAAAAUCCACACAGAGACAUCACCACUGUACAACAUAAAUGCCAAAGUGGUGACACACAAACCGUUACCAAUUGUUUAGGAAGGAAGAUCCAUUUGGAUGACAGAUUCUCGCAAAACGACCUUGAAAAUAACAAAGUGCAGAAUCUACUAAGCACAAUGAGCGACUCAGAUAUGGACCUGACUCUGCUCGAAUAUGUCUUCAUCUUUUUUUGCGAAUUCUUGUACUUCCUCCUGAUGCCAUGUGUAUUUCUACUCCCCUUGGUAAACACAUGUAUCUCACACGACCAUUCCCCUGACGCACAGGAUUUAUUGAACAAAAAUUUGCGAACGAAACUUCUGCAUGUUCUUUACCACAAUAAGUUAGAAUUGAAAGAUUUGAACAUUCCCAGCUGUAUUGACGCACCAAACUUCAGUCGCCCUUAUAAUGAGGCAAACAAUUAUGUACUUGAAAAGAGUGAGAAGGGUGGAGAUGCCCAAAAUAUGGAAGAUCUGCUAGUCAAGAGAAAAGGGAAAGGGAAUAUCUUCCUCCCCUGUGAUGUGCUGCAAAAGGGGAGCCAAAAGGAAGACAUGGUCAUUAUAUUUCACAUUGUGCAAAACAUAAACGCGAGGAACCUCAAUGUAUGCAGGAUGUUUAUUGAAUAUGUCAAGGUGAAGCUGAGCUUUAGUGGAGAAGAUGGGGAUAGUGACAACAGUGGUGAUAGAAUCGGACCGAGUGGUGACAAGUGUGACCGAAGUAGUGCCAUUCAAGACAAUACUCGUUCAGGACGAACAUUUGGAAACAACGCGACCAAUAUCCACUGCGAAUCCUUCCAAGAAUUGUUCUACAAUUUCGUCAUUGCAAUCAUGUCUCUUUUUUAUUAUUUGAAAAUCAUCCACAUCCCAUCCACCUUUGUGAAGGGAAAAGAAGAAACACAGGUGUCUCAACCCUACAAUUGCAAAGAGAGGGAUUCCAGUAGCGGCGACAAAGGCAACCACAUGAUUCACGCAAAUGCAAGGGAAGAUGCACCAAACGAACAAAGUAUUCAGAAAGGUGCAAAGGUCUUGAGCACGUCUGGGGGUGAAAGCCUCAAUGGUUUGGAGGAUGAGACUCAACCAACGAGCGAUGACCAGAUGGCCAAACACACCAUGGCAGACGUAAAUCGGAACGCAGAUCAAAAAUACAAAAAUUAUAUACUUGAUAUGUUGGGUAGUAUGCACAUACGGAAGUUGAUAUUUGGGCGGGGGUACACCGCCUGA